AUGGCCGCAAAAGCAGUCACCGGAGGGCUCCUCAAGCUCAGCAAUGGCCUCUCCAUGCCCGCGCUAGGAUUUGGCACAUUCGCCAGUGAGGGGAACAAAGGCGAAACACAUAGAGCCGUCCUCACGGCGCUGGAGGCAGGAUACCGACACCUGGACUGCGCCUGGUUCUACCUCAACGAAGAUGAAGUUGGAUCAGGAACACGGGAAUUCUUAGCUAGUAACCCCAGCAUCAAGAGAUCAGAUAUUUUCAUUACCACCAAAGUAUGGAAUCAUCUACAUGCGCCGAAGGAUGUUGAAUGGAGUUUGAAGGAUUCCCUCAAAAAUCUGCAGACUCCCUAUGUGGAUCAAUUCUUGAUCCACUGGCCAAUUGCAUCAGAGCCCAAUCCAGACAAGACGGUGAAGAUUGGGCCUGAUGGAAAGUACGUCAUCAACAAGGCCUUAACUGAAAAUCCGGAACCAACAUGGCGAGCAAUGGAAUCCCUCUAUGAGCAAGGCCUCGCAAAAUCAAUUGGUGUAUCCAACUGGACAGAGAAAGGACUUGAAUCCCUCCUUUCCUUCGCCAAGGUCAAACCCGCCGUCAACCAAGUCGAGAUCCAUCCAUUCCUCCCCCAACAGGAGCUCAUCGAUUAUUGCUUCUCCAAAUCCAUUAUUCCCGUUGCAUACUCACCUCUGGGAUCACAAAACCAAGUCCCCGGCACAAAUGAGAAAGUGUCUACGAAUAAAGAACUCCUUGCUGUAGCGGCGAAAAACCAUGCCACUUUGGCACAGGUGUUGAUUGCCUGGGGAUUGAGGAGAGGUUAUGCUGUCCUGCCGAAGAGCUCGAAUCCGGAACGUAUCCGGAGUAAUGCCCAGUUAGUUUCUCUAAGUGAUGAGGAUUUUGAGGCUAUAAAUAUGGUGGCCGAUCACCGGAAGACGAGAUUUGUGAAUAUGAAGGAUACGUUUGGGUAUGAUGUGUGGCCGGAGGAGAGCGCCUAA